UCACCAUCAUCUCUACUUCCUCGAGCCCCAAGCCCCCCUCAACCUUCCUACCUUCUCCCUUGAUUCUCUCUCUAUUUUUUUCUCUUUCUCAAGUGUUUGUAACCAAUUAGAUUACUUUUUAUUACCAGAAAAUUCCCAGUGUCUAAGCCUUCAUCUAUAAUAGUACUAGGAACUUCUUCAACAGUAUCCCUUUGUUUAUCAUAAUUUUUUACCUGCAGAACAAAAGUUGAAAAGAGAAGAUGAAAUUGGUAGUAAAAGAAAAUAUCCCCUCCAUCCCUUCCUGUUUGUUGUGACUAGCGACAGGUCCCUCUCUUUCUCUGACUGUGCGACCACCUCCUUUUUUUUUUUUUUGCAGAAUCUCUGUUUUUGUGCGUGUCUGUGUGUGAUAUGUAAUGCAUGUGUGUGUGUGUGACUAGUGACCAGUGACCGCCUUCCUUGUUUACAGAAGAAAAAACCCAACUUUUUUCCCCUUCGUCUCCCAGGUCUGAAAUGGCUCAAUGUGGGCUGAUCUGCGACCAUGUUCAAGAACCUAUUUUUUUGGCCGGAACCAUCUUUCGACUUCCAGAUGGAAAGUGGGCUGGUCUAAACCUUCCCUAAAAGGCAACCUUUUUUCCCUUUAUUUCGCUGAAAAUCCAAAGUUUUUCGACCCACAUUGCUCCAAGACUCCACCUUUUCUUUACCGUCUUUUAGAUAUACGCAUUUCCCCAAUAUUUUCUCGUAAACAGGAGAGAAAUGGGGUGUGUGGCUUCCAGGUUAGAAGAGGAAGAGGAAGUAGUGUCCAUAUGCAGAGAUAGAAAGCACCAGCUGAAGUUGGCUGUAGAGAGAAGAUAUGCUCUGGCAGAUGCACAUUAUAGAUACUGUCAAGCACUCUAUGGUGUCUCAGCAGCUAUUAGGCUCUUUGUUGCUCGCCAUUCUUCUCCUGCUUCUCCAUUUAUGAUCACUUUUCCACCUCCCACUCCACCUUCUCCUCCCCCAGAAAAUGUGGUCUCCAACCCCCUGUUCCUUCAGCAAACACCAUCGGAACCAACCAAGGAAGCUCUUACCUGUGAGUCCUGUGAGUCUUCAACUGCAUCAGACUCUUCAGAGGAGGAAAGAGAAGAAAGAGUGGUGAAAGAAGAACCGCCCUCUUGUGGGUAUUUUUACAUGGAAAUGCCUCAAUCAAUGCCCUCUCCACAUAGAGAUUUUGGUUGGGAUUUUUUUAACCCUUUUACUAGCGUUAGGCCAGAGAUAAUAAAUGGGUAUAAUCGGAUAUCUGAGGAGGAUUUGAGGGUUGUUAGGGAGCGAGAAGGAAUUCCCGAAUUGGAAGAAGAAGGGGAAAGAUUUGAGGAAGAAAGUAAUGCAGUAGUGGUAGAAGAGAAAUUGGGUGGGCGGCAUCAUGAGGAAAGCAGCAGGGUUGAGGUUACCAAGGCAGUGAAUGAUAGUACUGUGAGCCAGGUGGAGCAAAAGGGCUUAACUGUCAUUGACACGCCUGUGAGAGGGAGAGAGUUGUUGGAAGCUCUUCAGGAUAUUGAAGACCAUUUUAUCAGAGCUUACGAUUCUGGCAAGGAAUUGUCUAGAAUGUUAGAGGUCAAUAGGGUCCAGCUGCAAUCUAACUUGGAGGAGAUAAAAGAGAACUCAACAAAAAUGAUCCAGGCUAUAACUUGGCGAUCCACUACUUCUCGUUCUUCAUCAUGUAAGAGUCUUGUAGCGUCGAGUUCCAAAAACUGUUUGACAUGGACUGAAUUCAAGAAUGAUCUUUUUGAUGAUUAUGGAGGAAUGGAUUCUGGAAGCCAUUCACUGACAUUGGGAAGGAUAUAUGCUUGGGAGAAGAAGCUCUAUGAAGAAGUUAAGGCUGGGGACAACACUAGGAAACUAUAUGAGAGGAAAUGCAAUCAACUAAGAAACCAAGAUGCCAGAGGAGUUGAAGGGGCCACUGUAGAUAAAACAAGAGCAGCAGUGAAAGAUUUUUAUAGCAGGAUCCUUGUUGCAAUUCGAAGUGCUGAAACCAUAUCCCAAAGAAUUGAGAAACUCAGGGACGAGGAGCUCCAGCCCCAAAUUAUGGAACUGCUUCAAGGCAUGAUGAGGUGCUGGAAAACCAUGUUGGAAUCCCAUGAAAUCCAGAAUAAGAUCAUGUUUGAAGUGAAAACUUUCAAAUGUCCUACAUUUGGAAAGUUCUGCAAUGAUUCUCACCGGCUUUCAACUCUGCAGCUUGGUGCUGAGCUUCGGAAUUGGCGGACAUGCUUUACCGAAUAUGUUGCAUCCCAGAAGGCAUACGUUGAAGCACUGCAUGACUGGAUUUCAAAGUUUGUUGUCCCUGAAGUUGAAUUCUAUUCGAGAAGCAGAAUUUCUGCUCCACCAUGUCGAGAAAAUGGACCACCUCUUCUCACCAUUUGCCGUGAUUGGUUAGCUUCCCUGGACAAAUUGCCUGACAAGGAUGUUGGCUCUGCCUUAAGAAGCUGUGAAAAGGAUAUUAGAGCUCUGUGGGUUCAGCAGGGAGAGGAACAGCAACAGAAAAGGAAAGUUGAUAGCCUGUCUAAAGAACUAGAUAGAAAGAUUCUUGUGUUUCAGAAGGCUGAGAAUAAAUUUCAUGAAUUAAAGUUAACAGAUCAUAAAUUGGAUCUGGAGAGUGAUCGUGGAGCUGAGUACUUUAAAGAGAGGAAGGAUUUAUUGGACAACUUCAGGGAAAAAGUUGACAUGGAAAAGGAAAACCACCAGAACUGCAUGCAAGAAACUCAAAGGAUAACGUUGAAUGGAUUUCAGACAGGUUUUGGCAGAGUGUUCGAGUCUAUGACCGAGUUUUCCAAGUUUACAUUGAAAAUGUUUAAUGAUCUAUCAAGCAGCAGUCACGAUGCUGAGAAAUUCAGCAGCGCGUCGUAUUCCGAAGGCUCCCAACUUGAAGAUGGCAAAAGGUGACCUCGCAAAAUGAAGUGGAGAUGCUGUGACUGAUAUGGCUCGGGCUUUCUUCUUAUUCUUUUUCCCCGUUCCUUUCAUUUUGAAUUCUUUUAGGCUGAACGCCCGAUUGAAGGGUAUUGUACACUGGGAAUGCGUCUAAGCAGCUCGCUGAGAUGCUCUUAGUUGUGUUUGUACUUGGAAGUAGGGGGCACUGGGAGUUUCCCUCCUGCCUUGUAGAUGUUCUGUUGCCAAAGUUUGUAGCCUAUUUCCUCAUUCUCACAUCUCUAUGGGCGAAAAAUCCAUGUAAGCUGGGAGAUUGGGUGGGCAGCCCAUGUGUCUACAUGUUCCCGCAACUUUGGAGGACUGGAGUAUGUGGUCGAAUUUGUAAAAUAGUCUCAUUUUACAAAGGGUAAGAAGAUGGUUAAGAAUUGAAUAUAUCCCCAUAUUAGUUAUAGUUUA